ACCUCAACAUGGAAAGUGACUCCAUAUCAGAAACCAGCUUUUCUCUCUCCAAAGAAGCACCAGGGGAGCAUCUGGACCACCAGGCUGCACAUCAACCCUUCCCCAGACAGCGAUUCCGACAAGAGACUGGACACCCUUCAUUGCAAAGAGAUGGCCCCAGAUCCUUUCUCCUUGAUCUACCAAACUUCCCAGAUCUUUCCAAAGCUGAUAUCAAUGGGCAGAAUCCAAAUAUACAGGUCACCAUAGAGGUGGUCGACGGUCCUGACUCUGAAGCAGAUAAAGAUCAGCAUCCGGAGAAUAAGCCCAGCUGGUCAGUCCCAUCCCCUGACUGGCGGGCCUGGUGGCAGAGGUCCCUGUCCUUGGCCAGGGCAAACAGCGGGGACCAGGACUACAAGUACGACAGUACCUCAGACGACAGCAACUUCCUCAACCCUCCCAGAGGGUGGGACCGUCCGGCCCCAGGCCACCGGACUUUUGAAACCAAAGAGCAGCCAGAAUAUGAUUCCACAGACGGUGAGGGUGACUGGAGUCUCUGGUCUGUCUGCAGCGUCACCUGCGGGAAUGGCAACCAGAAACGGACCCGGUCUUGUGGCUAUGCAUGCACUGCCACAGAAUCGAGGACCUGUGACCGUCCAAACUGCCCAGGAAUUGAAGACACUUUCAGGACAGCUGCCACCGAAGUGAGUCUGCUUGCGGGAAGCGAGGAGUUUAAUGCCACCAAACUGUUUGAAGUUGACACAGACAGCUGUGAGCGCUGGAUGAGUUGCAAGAGCGAGUUCUUAAAGAAGUACAUGCACAAGGUAAUCAACGACCUGCCCAGCUGCCCCUGUUCCUAUCCGACAGAGGUGGCCUACAGCACGGCCGACAUCUUUGACCGCAUCAAGCGCAAGGACUUCCGCUGGAAGGACGCCAGCGGGCCCAAGGAGAAGCUGGAGAUUUACAAGCCCACAGCCCGGUACUGCAUCCGCUCCAUGCUGUCCCUGGAGAGCACCACGCUGGCUGCCCAGCACUGUUGCUAUGGCGACAACAUGCAGCUCAUCACCAGGGGCAAAGGCGCGGGGACGCCCAACCUCAUCAGCACCGAAUUCUCAGCCGAGCUCCACUACAAGGUGGACGUCCUGCCCUGGAUUAUCUGCAAGGGCGACUGGAGCAGGUACAAUGAGGCCCGGCCUCCCAACAACGGACAGAAGUGCACAGAGAGCCCUUCAGACGAGGACUACAUCAAGCAGUUCCAGGAGGCCAGGGAGUAUUAAAGAGGCUGGGAUGAGGUGGAGAUGCCACCUCUGGUUUGGGGAUACACACACACACACGCACGCACGCACACACACACGGAUCUGCUGACUGGUGGCGAGGCCUUCUUACCCGCAGAUGUGUUUAUUCGUAUAUACCACGUGAGUAUUUUUCACGAAUUACAUUAGGAGUGUGCGCCAGACCAGUGACUGUCAUGAGAAGCUGCCCCGCCUUCUACAAUGCCUGCAGAGCUCCUUGGAAGUCCUCCUGGAGGCAGCGUGGGCAGGAGGAUGGGGACAAAGAAGCAGAAGAAGAAUCUGGAAGUCAUAGUGGGCGUCUUUCAAUUCACAACUGGAUCCAGUGUUUCCAAGAGAAACAAAAGGGGAAAGAGACUGAGGUUGUAAACCUUAUAAGCAGUUUUUAUAUAUAACUUAUUUAAUGCAAAUGUGACUUAAGCAUAACCUUUUCUCUGGAGUCGUCAUUGUAGAACUAUUUAAUCACUUCUGUGAGAGUUCAGAAAGAAAGGGAAGUGGAAGAGAA